UGAUGUGUGACUUAAUUGUAUCACUCGAUUAGAUCCCUUUGAAUACAAUAUUGAAAGUAGGAAACUUGCAGGAACAUUAUAGUUUAUCGUUUGCAUUAUUUCCGACUGAUGACAGUUGGCAUUGACAGUUGGCAUUGACAAAUUGACAGCUGCAUGUUUUUUCACGUGUACACUUCUGUUCAAAUAGGGCUAUAUAUGCAGAUUUCAAUGAUGUAAGUGAUAGACAAAAUUUUUGCGUAUCAACUUACUGUGCACGUUUUAUCAUAAAAAGAGGAAUCUAUUAUAAAGUGGACUAAAUUCGACAAUCCCUACCUACGUCUGAGUGCAAACCUCUAUAGCCCAACUCCUUUUGCUCCGUGAGACCGUGAGACCGUGGCACUGUCUUGUAAUAGCUCCUACUGUCUACGAAGGUACAUAUGUAUGCAAACUGCAGGAUGAAGUUUUUUCUUACAACUAUUAUUGUCUUGUCCGUAUGCAUUGUUGGUAGAUUUAGUUGCAGUGGUGUGGAGUAUUUUGUCUCACCAACCCCUUUACCCAACCCCAAUUGUCCCGAGAAAUCAAUUUGUCAUAUUUUGAGUGACUAUGUGAGAGGCUCUCAAUUAUUCUUCAACAGCCACAACAAUAUUUCCUUGCUUUUUCUGAAUGGAACCCACAAUUUAGAAUUGUCUUUCUUUUUGGAAGAUUACAAGAAAAGCUUGUCCUUUUACAUGGCAAGCACCGACUCCAAGUUUAGACCAACAAUUGUUGUUCCUCAUAAAAUCAAAAUCAUGUUUGUAGGAUUCAGGCACCUGAAAGUGCAGGAUAUAAUUAUUUUCGGUAAUGAUUUACCUACUCUUUAUUUUACUGUUUAUCUUGUGACUAUUAGUCGGAUUGAAUUUUCAAGCAACACGUUUAGAACCAUCUCGAUCAAUAUUACGUAUCCUGUUCAACCAGAUUAUUCGAAAGUAAAUGAUAUUAAAGUGGCUACCUUUACAAAUUGUGAGUUUUUAUCUUCGAGCAUUUUUAUGCAUUAUAACUUCAUUAGUCCUUAUGGUGAUGUACUGCAUGAAAGCUCCGGUUGGUACCAACAAAAUCGAUUACAGCCCUACUACCUUUACUUCUCAAACUGCCUUUAUUAUCUAGGAUCCUUGAAUAUAAGGGUCAAUUCAGCCCUGCUUAAAAUCACCAUACAAAGCUGCACCUUCGAAGAUUCAACCUCAACUGCUAUAGGUAUGAGUAACAGUUUGGUUGGCCAUCAUGACGACGAUUGCUCCAAUGUUCAGCUUUUUCUUGAGAACUCAACGAUCUCAAAUUCCUAUCUGUAUGGGAUAGCAAUUGCCGAAAUCUAUAACAUGAGCUUAUGCAUUCACGACACUGUCAUAACGAAAACCGGUAGUCUGGGUAUCUUAGUGAUGCGUAUCUAUAAUCUGAUUCGUGUUGAAUUGGAUAAAUGUGAAAUUACCGAGUGUCAAUCUGGAGCAAUAAGUAUCAAUAGUGAUGCUGUUGUGGUGGUACGUAACAGCAUACUUUCUCAAAAUACCAACUAUAUCCCUGAAAAUGGUGUUGGAUUGAUUGUAGCUUGUCAAGGCUCGAUUCAAUCUGGUGUAGAAAUUAGCAAUACCGCUUUCACUGAGAAUCACGGACAUGCUGACUAUGGUAGAGUAGUUGAUGUUUCAUUAUGCAAUGCAGUGAGUUUAAGUGAUGUGUAUUUUGAAAGGAAUGUUGGUGCAAGUAUUAGAUUGAGUUCGAAUGACCUACACGUCAAAGGUAAUGUACAGUUUGUGAACAAUACUGCAUACAAAGGUGGAGGGAUGUCGCUGCUCUACUCACAACUGCAUUUGUACAAUAAUACCAAUGUAACUUUCGUCGGUAAUAGAGCAAACGAUGUGGGUGGUGGUGUGUAUGUCGAUCAAGUUGCUCCCUUUGUACCGGUGACCUAUACACCCUGCUUUUAUGUCUUCCCUCAGGUAUUGUCUUCUGAUGAUGUUAGGGAUCUGAAUGUGCACUUGAAGUUUGAGAACAAUACAGCUGCAAAUGGUGGACUGGCAAUUUAUGGAGCGUCUGUCACGGAUUAUUGCCUUGUGGCACCAAAUUCUGAUUUUGCGAUUUAUAGUGGAUACUAUUACACAUUAUUCUUUGAGUUUGUCAAUGCCGACUCAAACUUAGAUCCUUUGAAAUCACUGGUUGCUUCUAAUCCUUCAAGAGUUUGUCUUUGUGGUUUCAAUACACCUGUUUGUCUGCUCAUAUCGUACAUAUUUGCGCAAGAAGGAAGUGUAUUUCCUGGAGAAACAGUGGAGAUAGCAGCUGUUAUAGUAGGAAAAGACUAUGGUGCCACAACCGGAACAGUUUUCGCAAAUGCUCUCGGUGAAGACAGUAUUGAUACAACCCAAUACACUCAAAAGGUGCUAUACUCUAAGUGCAAUGCCCUCACAUACACAGUGUAUUCUAAACCGUUAUCAAACUUCUCUUUAGUACUUACAACUAGUGCGGCCACUGUGGACAAAUACGGUAACAGGAAUUAUGUGAAGGAAAUCCUUUUUAUGUAUCCAUAUCCAGGAGACGUGGAAAAUGUUGUAAUGUCUUUGCCUGUAUUUGUAAAUUAUACAGUAGAUGAUUGCCCACCUGGAUUCAUUCUUUCAACAAUUCUUCCGCUCAGAUGUGAAUGUGAUGCAAGACUGUUGAGCAUCGGAAUAACCCAUUGUGUUAUUCGCAAUCAUACAGGCUUCGUGUACAGAAAUGGUUUUAAUUGGCUCGCUUCUUUCCCAGGUGUAGAUAACAGUACCUAUCAACUUGUGCUAAAUGUCUACUGUCUAACUGGCUAUUGCAGGACUCAAAACAUUUCCCUCGAUUUGCUUUUACCUGAUGAUCAAUGUGUCAACGGCCGUUCUGGGACGCUUUGUGGUCAGUGCAAAGGCAACCUUAGUCUUUCAAUCGGGUCUUCACUAUGCAUUGAGUGUAAUGACAACUGGCAUGUAGCCUUGAUUCUGCCUUUUGCUGUUGGUUUUGUCUUGCUAGUUGCACUUAUCAAACUUCUUGACCUCACAGUUAAGCAAGGAACACUAAAUGGUAUCAUUUUAUAUGCAAACAUUAUUUGGGCAAAUCGAAACAUCUUCUUUCAAAAGCACGAACCAGUGCUUGAGACAUUCAUAGCAUGGUUGAACCUUGAAUUUGGAAUAGAUGUCUGCUUUAUUAAAGGGUUGGAUGCAUUUUGGAAGACAUGGCUUUUUUUUGCACAUGAUUUUAUUACCAUUGUUGGAAUCACUCUGCUUAUCAUCCUGUCAACUAAAUACUCACGCCGUGCAACUAAACUCAUUGGUGCUAAUGUAGUUCCUGUUCUGGCUACUCUGUACUUUUUAUCUUAUGCGAAACUCUUGCAGACCAUAAUUUCAAUGCUGUCGUUCCACAUUCUUGAAUAUCCAACUCAUGUGCAGAUAGUAUGGUCAAUGGAUGGGAAUUUGCAGUAUUUUGGGGUGAAGCAUUUGGCUCUUUUUGUGGUUGCUUUAGGAGCACUGUUCUUGUUGUGGUUACCGUACACUUUCAUUCUUUUAUUCUUUUCGUGCCUUCAAAAGAAAUCGUACCUGAGAUGUUUACGCUGGACAGACAGCCUAAGACUAAAGCCAUACAUGGAUGCUUACUUUGGUCCAUUAAAAUCUAAGCACCGCUAUUGGUUUGGAUUACUGCUCCUCAUUAGAGUAACCCUGGUCAUAUUUAAUCUUCUCUCCGAUCCUCACAUAAACCUCGUUGCAAUAAUAGUUCUUACUACAUUGCUACUUUGUUUCCCGUUCCCGUAUGAAAACUGGCAACUAUCACUGUUUGAAAGAUUACUAUUUCUUAAUCUCAUCACCCUCAGCUCUUCAGUACUAUUCGCAAAUGUAGUGGCUAUUGAUGGAGCUCUGUUUGUGUACAUCUCUAUCAGCAUUGUUUUUGUUCAACUUAUUGCUGUGAUUUUGUUCCAUUUGUAUUCCACCGUUAAAAUAAGGUGCUGCACGAAUCAAAGGAACACAGAUUCUGAAAUAGAUGAUGAAUUCUUGGAUCAUGUCCAUUUAAGGGCAACUGAAGAACUGGGAAGCAAUGAUUGCGACGAACAGAAUCAGCCCCAGUUGAUAAACACAUUGGACAUUGACACGUAUUAAAGUAUUACAGCUAUUUAAUAGAUUUAUGUAUAAUUAUGUCUGUCUAUGGUGUGACCAUUGACACCAUAAAAGGAUAUGUAUCAAUAUACCUGAAUCAGUUUAUACACAUUAAUGUCCCCACCAUCCAGUCGGUGUGCUGUGUU